GAUCGGGAAGCGGUAAUUCCGAGCGUGCUUCCGGCGACGAGGAAGUCAGUGUGACGGGUUUGAGAAUCCGGUCGUUUCAAGAUGUUCUCGGGAUUUCGGACGGUCGAGCUCAGGUGGAACGGAAAACGACUAUGACGUCGAUAUGACGUUAAAGUGGUGACCGUAUGAUCUGAAAGUGAAGUUUUUAUCAUCAUUUCUACGUCAUUUCGACGUUACCGUGACUUCUGUUCUAUACCGAGAGGGCGCAAUAGUUGAGAUUAUUUUGAAACUCGGAUGGAUAGAUUGAUGCGCGUUUGAGUAUGGCGGAGCGUCUCGAAGGCGGAUCUACGCGAAUGCGUCGUCACGUCGUUCCUCUAUCACAGCAAUUUCGAAGGUCACUCUGUUAUUUGGAUUCGCGACACUGUUAAAAUUAUCAUCAGCCGCACCGGACAGCGCGGGCAUUGUGGAAAUGGCGAAUGGAUUGGCGUAUGAAUGGCAAUUUCAAAACACACGUAAGACAAAAGGAAAGCGAAACGUUUUGGAACAGUCAACACGGACGAAGGAGUCGUGUAUUGCGCGUGGGAUCCCGUACGGAAGUGUGAGUGGCAUGCUGGCCAAGUACCCGGGCUACGUUCAAGUCAACAGCCCUCAUCAGGCCAGACAAUUGGACACCUUCGGCUUCGCUCAGCGCCCGGUGAUCAUUACGCCGAAUCUGCGCGCCAACCGGCCGCUGGGAGUCGCGUCCCGACCCGUGCAGAUCUACAAUCUACCCGCAGUCGUCGCCCCCGGCAUCGUCGGUACGAUCAGCCAAAUCGGCUAUUAGCCUGCCGAGCAGACCUCUCCGUUGGAGAAGCGCCGAAGUCUCGCUGUGAUCAUUCGAACGCUGCAGUCGCAUGACGGAACAUCCUCCGGCCACUCUCUUGUCAUUCGUGAAGAAAAGAAUAUGUUGAGAGCGUCCCCUGUUGAAAAAAUCAGGUGGGAAUCCAUAUAGGAAAUUUAUAUAGGACGUUCAUGUGGAUUUAAGUCAAUAAUCCAGAUUCUAGUUAACAAUCCAUGUGGAUUCUUAUAUGGAUUUUCACACAUCGUGUGGAUUCCCGAGUCGAGAUUUUCAAUUCUACAUUAAGUCUCCAAAGGAAAGAAAACGGAGAUAAGUUCCUAUUUGUAGUAACAAAAGAGUACAAUAAGUUUUCCUUUAAUACUACAAAUAAAAGUGAAUACCUUCAGAGUCCAAAUUUUAGUUCUGCGUUAAAUCUUCAAGUGGAAAAAAACGGCAAUAAUUUCCUCAUUUGUAUCACAGGAGCGCAAUAAAAGAGCUUAAAAGACUAAAUAUAGAAUUAAAUUCGACUUAAAGUAGAACUAAAAUUUCGAGUCGAAUUUCGAGGUUUCACACACCAUGUGGAUUCUGAAUAUCCUAUGCGGAUUCACAUGAAUUCCCUUGGAUUUCCGUGGGAAUCCACCUGGAAAUUUUCAACAGGGUUGCGGGGGUCGCGCAAAAAUUGCAUCCCGCUGCGGUCGAAUCGGCGAUCGCGAGAAGUACCGUCGCGAAUGAAGUUCUUACGUUCUUGUCGCCGAGUCAACGAGAUUCGCAAGCGCCGAGCUAAGCUGCGCGACACCUUUCGCGUAAAUUAUCCGUAAUUGCCAACGAUAAUGCUCGUUACUUGAGGAUUAUUCUCUCUUUCUCUCCCGCUCUCGAGCCCCAGUCGGAGAGCCUUACGAAGCGACGCUACGUGCGCUCCAACGUCGUCCUGUAUUUAUGUGCCACUCAUUCAUUCAUUGCCAUAUUUUUUUAGUAUACUGUAAAGUCCAUGUUUGUAAAAAUAGAUAAAUAUACACGGAUGCCUGGCGAGA